ACAAGUCAGAAGUCAAGUCAAUAUCAAUAUUGUUGUUUGUUGUAAAUAGUCGUAAUCACAUAAUCAGUGUUUUUAAUAGUUAAUAACAUGGGUAUCGUAUAUUAGUAAGACAUACCUAUGUGAUUAAUUAAAAUCCAAUAAAUAUUAAGUUUAACUAGUAACUAAAAAUCAGCUAAAAAAUAAGGGGUAUGUCGACGUGUUUUAGGAUGAUUAGCAGGCAAAUUGUGCUUCCUUCUCUUUACAAAAUGGGAAAACGUAAACUCAGUGAUUAUGCAGGUUUUCACAAAUGUUUAAAUGAAGCAAAAAAUAUUGCUGUUUUAACAGGUGCUGGAGUGUCUGCAGAAUCAGGAAUACCCGUUUUCCGAGGGGCUGGUGGCUUCUGGAGAACUCACAGAUCGCAAGAUCUAGCCACUCCACAAGCUUUUGCUACAAAUCCAGCUUUGGUUUGGGAGUUUUAUCACUACAGAAGAAAUAUUGCUUUUAAUUCAAUUCCAAAUAGUGCUCACAAAGCAUUGGCACUAUUUGAGAAAAAGUGUUCUGAAGAAGGAAAACUAUUUAAUAUAAUUACUCAGAAUGUGGAUGGCUUGCAUCAAAAGGCUGGUUCAAAAAAUGUCAUAGAACUUCAUGGUGCUUUACAUAAAGUUAAAUGCACAAAUCCCAAGUGUAGAUUUAUAGAUGAAAAUUAUGAUAAUCCCAUUUGUGAAGUUUUUAGAAACAGGGGUGAUCCUGCUGCCGAUGACUACAAUCUACCCAUAAUAGACAAAAAAGAUUUGCCCAAAUGUAAAAAGUGUCAGAAGUUGGUAAGACCAUACAUUGUGUGGUUUGGAGAAAACCUAGAUCUGAAAAUUAUGCAAACUGCAAAAAACGUUAUAGAAACUUGUGACAUCUGUUUGGUGAUUGGUACUUCUUCAGUGGUCUACCCAGCUGCAAUGUUUGCUCCUAGAGUACUUGAAAGAGGUAUGCCAGUAGCAGAGUUCAACUUAAAUGAAGAGCCAGCUGAUGAAAUGUUCACUUUCCAUUUUCCAGGCAAAUGUGGCUCUACAUUGCCGAAAGCUCUAGAAAUUGAUUUAGAAUGAUAGCUUCUUCUUUUAGAUAAUUUAUUUUGUUAUAUUGUAAAGUAAUUUUAAAAUGGGUUUAUUAUUAUGGUAAUCAGAAGGUUGACUGGAAAGUUGGUUAAAAAUUUAGAAAUCAUUCUGAAAGCAAAUUAUACAAAUUAAAUACUAUCAUGUAAUGGGAAAGUACAACAUAUAUUAAAUAUUUUUUAUAGUCGCAAAACAAGAUUUAUACCAUAUGAGGAAAGUUUUAAACAGUUUUAGCCUGCCACUAGUAUCGUAAAAUAAUAUUGCAUGCGAUAGUCAAUAUUUUUCUAAAAGUUUCUGCACUUUCUUAAUUUUCAAUGGAUUUGAAACAGUUGCUGUAUCGAUUUUUUACUUAUUUAUAAAGGCCUAAGGUUUAUAGCAUACUUUUUUAACGAACGUCGUAUAAAAAUUAGCUCAUGUUGGUGAUCACAACAGCGAAUGCUUCGUGACCUUCUAUUAUAUGGAAAAGUUGACCUGCAUUUCUUAUUUUGGUUCAAUUUCGAAUGUUGUUUAGCCAAGAAAUAUGUGAGAGACUUCUAUUUUUUUUGAAAAUCAGUUGUGAUCUUGGAUAUUCGUGUCCCCUAAAUAUAUUAUUUAAUUAAAUAAGAUGUUUUUUCUAUUUUGUAACACUUUCUAUAAUUCUUCUAUUCUUGUUUACUCUCCUUAAUACUUCUAGCAUUGAUUAAAAACUAUACAUGAAUAGCUUACUGUAAGGUAAAAACGAAUUCAGUGUAACAUUCCGCCCACUUAGACCUCUUUGCUCCGCAAGUGUAAGUGUUUGUCAGGACGGAGGCGACAUUUAGUGAAAUGUUUGCCAAGAUGAAAAAUAAAUUUGAGUUGCUUGGUCUGGCUAUUGUCUGGCAUAAUAAAUAACGAUAUAAGGGUAGUAUUCAACAUUUUCACAAAUAAUUUUAACGCGCUUGCAAUUUCUAUUAUGGAAUUCCAAUUUUACUUCAGAUAAAACGCUAAAAAUUGAUUAAUGAAAACGGUGAAGGGUAUAUCUAAAAAUUAUUUAUUUAUCAAUACACUACUAAGGAACAACAAAAUAAAAAAAACGUAAUAAAAUUAAUAGUGAGAAUUUACAAGUAAAUUAUAUUUUUGUAAUUUUUAAAAGAAAAUAAUUCCCAGAACUGAUACGCAAUAGAAUGUUUCAAGCUGAUAUACAGAAUUUAUUUCCAGAUUACUCUUGAAUAUUUUGUGAUGGCUCGAAAUGUCACACAAAAGUAACGUCAGCGUUUUACGAUCCAGAAAAAAACUCAAUUGUGUUAUUAAACUAGCUAAAUUAAUCGCAAUACUUUAUAUCCAAAUAUAUUAUUAAUUUACCGGAAAUAAAACCUAGCUAUGUAAUUUUUUUCUGAGAGUAACAUUGCAUUACAAAAAAUUGACAAUUGUUCAUAAACUUUUGAUAAUAUGGGCAACAAAGAAAUGGGUCGAUAAUUGUUGUAAUCACCAAUAGAGCCUUUAUUCUUAAACAGAGGUACUACCUUUGCAGUUUUGAAAAAUUGAGGAUAAGUAUUACAAGAUAUUGAUUGGUUUAUUAAAGUUGUUAGAGCUUGAACAAUUAUAUUUUUAAUUGUUUUAACAAUUUUUGUGUUAAAUCCAUCAAGAUCUUUGCUGUUACUAUUUUUUAUUUCUGAAAUAGCUAAGUCAACUUGGCACUAAAGUUCACUGGCUGAAAACUAAAACGUGACAUCGCCACGUUAACGGAGAAAAUAAAACGUUAGAUCGGCGAUAUUCAGCCACAUUUAUACAAAACUAUCAUGAACCAUAUGCUAGCAAACCAUUAUAGGCCAUUUACCGAAUAUAUUCCUGCAUACAUAACUCUAUCCCUUAUGAUUUAGGAGUGAAUUUAAGAUUGUUGAUAAUGUUCACUUAAAAAGUAGUUUCAAAUAAUUAGAUUUAUCAGUUUGUCCUAUCUUUGGCAUACUCCAGAUUAGGACAUUGUUAAUUAAUAUUAUGUUACACAAUGUUGAAUAAAAAUGUUAUUUUGUUGAAAACUGUUAUAGAUUUAUUAUUAUAGAAUUUUGUUUUUUGUUAAUAUUAAUUUUACAGUUAAUCGAACUGUGAUAAAAUAUAUUUUCAGUCAGAGAAUGAUCUGUAUAAAAAAUAUAUAUAUUUGAA